CCUGGCGUCACUUCCGGCGCGCGGCCCGCAAAGGGAACCGCGACGAGGAGGGCGCCCGGAGAGGAGCACGUGGCCAUGGCUCCGCAGGCUGGAGGCGCCCACCGGGCCGGGGCGCUGAAGCAGCAGAACAAGCCCCACAAGGCCGGGAGGCACCGCGGGAGCAGCGCGAGGAGGCAGGGCGGCCGGAUCCCUGCCAAGAUGCUCAGCCGGCAGCAGAACCGCAACUUGGCCAAGCUGGACCGCAGGCACCGGGCCCUACAGCUGCGCCGGCAGCACCGGGAGGCAGUGCUGACGGAGAAGCGGCACUUGGGCCGCAAGGAUGGGCCACCACACCUAGUGGUGAUGGUCCCGCUGCAUGCAAGAGUCGUUGCCCAGAGAGCUCUGGGCCUCUUUCAGAGCAGCGAGGCAGAUGUUGUGCACCAGGCCAAGACUGGCCCACCUGGUUUUGCCUUGCUGUGCCCCCGCUCCAAGCUGCACUGGCGUUUUGUGGCUGCCGACACAGGAAACCUGUGCACUGUGCUGGACCUCGCCAAGGUUGCCGACACCCUCCUUUUUGUGCUGGAUCCUCUGGAAGGCUGGGAUGCUGCUGGCGAUUCCUGCCUCUCCUGCAUCUUUGCACAGGGCCUUCCCAGCUAUGGCCUCGCUGUUCAAGGUCUUGCCGACCAGCUGCCAAAGAAGCAACUCGAUGCCCGGAAGAAGCUGAGCAAAGCCAUUGAGAAGAGGUUCCCCGAGGCCAAGCUCUUCCCCCUCAACACGGAGCAGGAGUCUGCGUUGCUGCUGCAGCACCUCACUAUCCAGAAGCAGCGGCGCUUGGCCUUCCGAGACCGGCGAGCCCAUCUACUGGCUGACACUGCCGAAUUUGUGCCCAGCCCAGACAGUGCCCUGGUGGGAACCCUGAAGGUCUCUGGCUACGUGAGGGGGCACAGCCUGAAUGUGAAUUGCCUGGUGCACAUUGUGGGACAUGGAGACUUCCAGAUGAGCCAGGUGGAUGCUCCGGCAGAGCCUUUUGCCCGGAACCCCCGGGUGAUCAAGCGGCAGCCAGCCAAUGGCCAGGACGCCGAGCUGCAGGAGGACCUUGGCAGUGGCGCAGUUGAGAUGGAGGAAGGUGUGAAGGUACUAAUGAGAGCGGACCCCAGCCAGCAAGAGUCUUUGCAGUCGGAGGUGGUCCCGGACCCCAUGGAUGGCGAGCAGACCUGGCCCACCAAGGAGGAGCUCCGAGAGGCAGAUGAGGCCCUCAAGCAGAGCAAGAAAGUGACCAAGAGGGUCCCCAAAGGCACGUCUGUCUACCAGGCUGCCUGGAUCGUGGAUGAGGAUGAAGGAGACGAUGGCAGUGAGGAGGAGGAGGAGGAGGAGGAGGAAGACGCUUGUAUGGAAGAGACUGUCUCCCAGGAUGGGAGUGGCAGUGUGGAGGAGGAGGAGGAGGAGGAGGAAGAAGAAGAAGAAGAAUGUGAGACCAUGACUCUGCCAGAGACUGAGCAGGACAAUGAGAAGAUGGAGGAGGAAGAGGAAGUGAUGCUCGAGAAGUACAGGCAGGAGCGGCAGGAGGAGAUGUUCCCAGACGAGGUGGACACCCCCCGGGAUGUGCCUGCCAGGAUCCGGUUCCAGAAGUACAGGGGUCUGAAAAGCUUCCGGACAUCUCCGUGGGACCCCAAAGAAAACCUUCCCUGGGAUUACGCCCGGAUCUUCCAGUUCCAAGACUUCUCCCGGAUGAGGAAACAUGUCUUCCGGCAGCUGGAGAAGGAGGAGAGCGACGGAGCUGCGGUCGGCUGGUAUGUUACGCUACACAUUUGCAACGUCCCCGUCUCUGUCAUGGAGAGUUUUCAGCAGCGGCGUCCCCUGGUGCUGUUUACGUUGCUUCCCCAUGAACAAAAGAUGUCGGUGCUCAACCUCCUGGUGAGACGCCACCCAGGCAACAGCGAGCCCGUCCGAUCCAAAGAGGAAGUGAUCGUCCAUUGCGGCUUCCGGCGUUUCCGGGCCUCCCCUCUCUACUCCCAGCACAGCUCAGCGGACAAGCACAAGCUGGAGCGCUUUCUGCGUGCCGACACGGCCACGGUGGCCACCAUCUACGCCCCCAUCACCUUCCCGCCAGCUUCCGUGUUGCUGUUCCAGCAGAGGAGCGACGGGUCACACAGCCUUCUAGCCACUGGCUCCCUGCUCAGCGUUGACCCCAACAGGCUGGUCAUCAAGCGGCUGGUGCUGAGCGGCCACCCGUUCAAGAUCCUCGUCAAGAUGGCAGUUGUGCGCUACAUGUUCUUCAACAGAGAGGAUGUUUUGUGGUUCAAGCCGGUGCCGCUCCGCACGAAGUGGGGUCGGAGAGGGCACAUUAAAGAGCCUCUGGGUACCCACGGCCACAUGAAGUGCCAGUUUGACGGGCAGCUGAAGUCCCAGGACACUGUGCUGAUGACCCUCUACAAGCGGGUUUUCCCCAAAUGGACAUAUGACCCCCACGUCCCAGAGCCAUGGGUCAGGCAUAGGAGCCCCCUCCUUAGUGAGGAGGAGGGCGAGGGCAUGCACUAGCAACUGAGGUGCCUCUGUGCCUUCUGACACCAGCCCGGCUUCAUUUGUAUCUAUUUAUUUUUGGAGGAAAUACAAGUUCCCAAAAAAGUCUUGAUCUGAGGUUUUUUUCCUUUGCCGGGCUAGCAGCUGGGGGUGGGGUUUCAAGUCCAUGAAGGCCCCCUGGCAGAGAGUUGGUUUGUGGCUAAUUCUGUACAGAAGAGGCUACUUGCCAUCUUCUCCUCGUUUGCAGAGGGCAGGCAGCAUGUCUGAACUUGGGGUAAGUUUGGCUGAGGGUGAUGGGAGUCUUAGUCCAACAACAGCAGGAGCCCCAAGACUGUGAAGCCUACAGAACAUGAGGUGUUCAAGAACACCACCUUCUUCACAAGCCCCACUGACUAUUAAGAUCCGGGGAGGCUCAGCUGUGGUUCGCGGAGGGCUCUGGAACAUGCUUCCAAAGGAGACCAGAACCUCCCGAUUUCUGGCGGUCUUUCAGCAACUCUUGAAAACACACUUAUCAGGCUUCUAAUUUGUGUUAAAAGUGUUGUUGGUUAUUAAUUUUCUAUAUAUAAUUGUUUCUAAUUUGUAAAAACUUGCCCAGAUGUUUUAUGUGGGACAAUAUAUGAAUGUGAGAAAUUAAACAGCAGCAGGAGA